AGGAGAGCAUUUUCGUUAACCCUAAACCUUUUCAUAACCUUAACCGAAUUAUCCUAACCUGCUACGUUCAUUAUGCUAACCUGCUGCAUAAGUUCUCAUAAACUGAUACGAAAAAGACGUAGUUGUAUCGAAGUGGCGUAUUUUUAGGGAAUCUCCCCAGCUAAGGUAUAUCCUAGCCUAGAUAUGUAUAUCGUUCAUUUUCCUUGUGCCUGAAAACGACAGUGACGGCUGCCUACACUUCAACGAACGACACUGUGGGCUUAUCAUUCCUUUGUCUGAGCGGUUGACACCGUUUCCUUGAACGGGGACAGAGAGCUGAAAAUAAGAAAGAAAUAGAGGGCAAUAGCUUUCUCUUCGUGUAUAGCCGUAGCGCACAGGACGGCGGCGCAUACAAGGUGGAGCAGCAGAGACCGCAGUUCCCGGUACUGAAGACUGACACGAGAGCUCAUUUUCUCUGCAAGGGACGGAGGGCGGGGUCUCGUAGCAUCAGCGCUCUCAUUGUAUGUCGGCUGCUGAUGCUGAGCAGUAGCGGAGAAAAAAAACCCAAGGCCAUGGAUACGGUUUUAAAAACCUUAGGCCUUAAUACAUUAUGGAGAUUAAUUACACGCUCUACUGUCUAGUAAGAUAAUGAGGAAGAGGAAGAACUGGAAACCUCGGGAAGUCUCUAUGAAAGCAUUGGAGGAGCUGUAGUAUUUGACUCAAUGGCGAAGAAGGGCCGUACCAAGGGCGAGAAGCCCGAAGCGCUCAUCUCUGCCCUACAGGCGGCUAACGAAGAUCUCAGGUCCAAACUGACUGACAUUCAAAUAGAACUGCAUCAAGAGAAAUGCAAGGUGAGUAAGUUGGAGCGUGAGAAGGUGCAAGAGUGCAAGCGGAUCCGGGAGCAGGAGCAGCACCGGCACACGGCCACGCUGACAGAGCAGCGAGCCAAAUGGCAUGAGGAGAAGCAAAAAGAGCUCCAGGCACUCAGGGAGAACCUGGUCCGCCAGCACGAGCAGGAGCAGGCCCGGGUGGCCAAGAUGAAGGACCAGGAGAACCAGCGGCUCAAGGCGGCGCUGAGCGCCAUGCGGGACGGCAGCGGAGAGAAGGUGCGCACGGCGCUGACCCUAGAGGCCAAGGAGGAGGCACGACGCUUUUUCGACGUGGAGAGGGUCAAGCUGCUGCAAGAGAUCUCGGAGCUCAAGCAGAACAAAAAGCAGACGGACGAGGCACUCAGCACCAUGAUUCAGGCGGAUAAGAUGAAGGCCGGGGAUCUGCGCUCCGAGCAUCAGAUGCAUCAGGAACAGAUCUCCAAGAUCAAGUGGGACAGCGAGAAGGACAUCCGCAGACUGGUGGAUGAGAUCAAAUCCAAAGAGCGCACCAUCUUCUCUCUGGAGAAGGAGCUGGAGAAUGCCAUUGGCUUGCAGCAGAAGAUGCAGAUGCAAAAGGAUGCCCUGGAUGACCAGCUGUUCCUGGUCAAGGAGGCAGAGUGCAACCUGGGCAGCCCCAAGAGAGAGAUCCCCGGGCGGGCUGGGGACGGGGCGGAGCACUGUGGCAGCCCGGUACGACAUAGAAAGGCAGAGGGGAACUUGGAAAUGGACAUGCGCAGGAACCAGAGACGCAUGGCUGACCUCAACUCCACCAUCCGCAAGCUGGAGGACCGCAACUCACUGCUAGUGGAUGAGAGGAAUGAACUGCUAAAGCGUGUGCGGGAGUCGGAGAAGCAGUGCAAGCCCAUGCUGGAAAAGAACAAGAUCCUGAACAAGAGGAACGAUGACCUCAGCCAGACCCUGCAGCGCAUGGAAGAGAAACUCAAAAGCCUGGCCAAAGAGAACCUGGAGAUGAAGGAGAAGAUCAGCUCCCACCCACCACUGAAGAAAUCCAACUGUAAGUCUCUGAAUGAUCUGGACCAGGCACACGACGACCAGGAGAUUGAGUUCCUUAAGCUGCAGGUACUGGAGCAGCAGAGCAUCAUCGACGAGCUGACAAGAGACAGGGAAAAGCUCCUGCGGAAGAAGAGGCAUAAACGAAGCAACAGGCAAAUAAAGAGGCACAUUGUAGUGGACACCUUCUUUGGAUACGAUGAGGAAUCCAUGGACUCGGAGACGUCCUCCGUGGCUUCGUUUCGCAUGGACCGCACCCCAGCCACUCCCGAUGAAGACCUGGAUGAGGGACUGGCUAACGAGGAGUCGGAGCUGCGCUUCAGGCAGCUGACCAGAGAAUACCAGGCCUUACAGAGGGCAUACGCCCUGCUACAGGAACAUCAAGGGGGCCUUCUAGACGCUGAGAUGGAAGCUAAGGCUCAGGAGCAGCUCCAUGCAGACGUUCUCAGGUACAAGGCCAAGAUAGAAGACCUGGAGAAGGAGCUUGCCCACAAAGGACAGGACUCCAAGUGGGUAGAGGAGAAACAGCUGUUCUUCAGGAGGAAUCAGGAGCUGCUGGAUAAGGUGGAGAAGUUGGAUGGAAAAUGUAGUCGACAGCAACAGGAGCUGCAAGACUCCAAGGACCAGAAUGAGCUCCUGGAAUUCAGAAUACUGGAACUAGAGGAGCGUGAGCGGAAAUCCCCUCCGUUUAAUCAUCUCCGCAUGCAUCCGUUCUCCGAGGGUGUCAGCGCCCUGCAGAUCUACUGCAUGAAGGAAGGAGUGAAGGAUGUCUGUAUACCUGACCUGAUCAAGCUGCUAGACAUUCUGGGUGAUAACGGGAACUUGCGAAAUGAGGAGCAAGUGGCCAUUAUUCAAGCUAGCACUGUCCUCUCUCUUGCUGAAAAGUGGAUACAACAGAUCGAGGGCACAGAGGCAGCGCUGCACCAGAAGAUGAUGGAUCUGGAGCUAGAGAUGGAGAUGUUCUGCAAGCAGAAAGGCUAUUUGGAGGAGGAGCUGGAUUACAGGAAGUCAGCCCUGGAUCAGGCCUACGUGCAAAUACAGGAGCUGGAGGCUACUCUGUACAAUGCACUGCAGCAGGAUAAGGUGAUCGGAUACGGCGAGCCUCUCAGUGACAUGCAGAAGGAUGAGCUUCGUACGUCCGUGGAGAAGUUACGCAGGCAGAUGCUGAGGAAGAGCCGAGAGUUCGACUGUCAGGUCUUGGCUGAGAGGAUGGAGCUGCUCCACCAGGCCCAUCAGAGAAUCCGGGACUUGGAGGAUAAGACAGACAUCCAGAGGAGACAGAUUAAGGAUCUGGAGGAGAAGUUUUUGUUUCUGUUCUUAUUCUUUUCUCUUGCCUUUAUCAUUUGGCCUUGAUGUCGUUGACAUCUCCUGCAGCAGAGCCUGGAGAUUGUGUUUGUGACCGCAGUGGUUUUCAUUUUUUGGUGAAGCGAGUCAUCUUUUUGGCUCGUGUUGUAAUAGUGAGUGGUAAUGGACAUGGCUGGGAAUUCACACCUCUUUGAUUUGGGACCUCACUCUGGAGAUACACACCAUGUAUGCUGCACUGCACUGUCCUGGUCCUUGGAACAUGGAACUUCACUAAACUCAGUGGGGUAACUGGAACUCAUAUACACUGGACACGCUAACACAAACAUACUGGAAACACACACACACACACACACACACACAAAUAUAGCACACAUACACAGGCAGACCAGGGGCACACACACAUCACACGUGCGCGCCCCCAAACACACACACAUACAUACACACACCAAACCCACUCACAGAUAUCGUGGAAACCAAAUUCCGGGAGAUCUUAUCUCUGCCAUGCAGGGGAACGCUACACCACCUACCACCGUCCGACUACACCCAAACUACACCCAGACUACACCCAGACUACACCCAGACUACAUCAAGACUACACCCAGACUACACCCAGACUUCAGACAAGAGAGGAAAGGAAAGUCCCUCCCUCCCCUCUGCCUCUUAUAAACCCGAACGCACCCCUUCACAGGAGCGACGAGACCUGACUCAGGGCCUGUGAGCAUGGUGACUGACUGAUCUGAUGGUGACUGACUGACUGUUCUCUGACCAGGAGACGCAGGACAUGGGACACUCAGGACAAUGUGUCUCCUCUGGUCGGAAGCAGAUCAGGGGACGGCAGAGCGAGAGAGAAGGAUGGGAGAGAGAGGAUCCACUAUGUGCUCACACACUGACCGGGCUUCUGUUUUGAGACCUUCACUUUCUUUGUUUUAAACCAGCAGACAGAGUGGACAUCUCUGGUUCUACUUCUUUUCCUUUCGGAACAAACCAACGGUCCCAGUCGAUCCCCAUGUACCAAGAUUUCCACAGAGAAAAAAAGACCCUCUCUAUAUACAUGUGUUGAUAUGUACAUUGUGUCUUGAUGAUUUCCUGUAGUUUCUUUCCUUCCUUCUGUGAAUAUGAACGCUGUCCCCUCUACAGUAGAGCUGCUCGGCAGUUUCUAAGUACCAGAACGUAUGAAUUGCUCUGUUUAUUGUGGCGACAGCUGCAAAUUAACUCUAUUUCCUCGAUUGUACUGAACUUCAAAUAAUUGGAAUAAUAAUAUUUUCCUCCCCCCUUUUCCCUGUCACACUCCCUCUAUUUUGUGCUCUUUCAAGAUAAUCAACUGUAGCCCACCAGCAGGAGUUUCGUGGUUUAUACUGAAUGACGUUUAACACUCCGUUUAAAAGAACAGAACAAGCUGUAAAUUCUACAUCCUGGUUACCUACCUACAUCCUAAACAGCUUUCUGUCUGAUGAUGGUCAUUGUCAUCUCAGCAAAGUGACCAUGAAUACUGCACAGUACCUCUUGCAGCAAUGACGUGUCGUUUGCUUUGCUCUAUUUCACUAACACUUUUUUCAGCACCAUGGACACCACAGGGGUUAGUUCUAACCUUCCUACCCCCCCCCCCCCCCCCCCUUCUCCAAACUGAAAUAGGAGAAAGUUGAUGCAAUGUAUACCUGCCUGGUUCUGCUUCUCUCCUUUCACCCUGACUAUGUCCUGGUGCUGCAAUAUUAACUACCUAUCCCGUCCAACCGCCUCACCCACAUCCACCCGAGCUAGCUUCCCCUCCCGACCCUAUUCAGAGGCCUAGGAACCUAAGGCAUCCCAUUACAUACCUGUACAUACAUGAACGUGGCCCACUUCUGUUACGUUACAAUGUAGGGGGAAUGAUUGACACUAUUUUGGAGCAAACUCCGCUAACUAGCAAUUGCCUUAAAUGCGCUGUCCCCAUCAAUUUGUACUUUCUUUUUAAUUAUGAUGUUUUUGGCCCGUUAAUAUGAUUAUGUAACGUUGUACAUUUCUGUUCACCGAGGACAUUGUUUUGUAAAUCUUUACCCUCCUGUUUUCCAAUGAGAAUUUAACCCCCUCCUCUUCUUUCAAGUAUAUAAAAAAAAUAUUUAAAAAAGGGAACAUGAUGAAAAUAAAAGUGAAUGGAGUUCA